GGGUAAAGGUUGAGUUUCUCCGAGAAAUUUAGCGCCGCCGGUAUUUUAACGAGAGGAAUGUUUUGUUUUUUUUUUGGGGAGCGGAGUGUGUGAUGCACGGGGUGGUGGUAGAGAUCGGGACAGGGGUCUGGACCGGUAUCGGUGAACACGCGGGUGGAAGAGUCCGGAAAGAUGGCAGCCACCAUGAAGAAAGCGGCAGUAGAAGAUGUUAAUGUUACCUUUGAAGACCAACAGAAAAUUAAUAAGUUUGCAAGAAAUAAUAAUAGGCUUAUAGAGCUUAAAGAAGAAAUAGAACUGAAAAAGAAACAGUUACAGAACUUAGAAGAUGCCUCUGAUGAUAUAAUGAUGCUUGAUGAAGAUACAAUGCUGGUGCCUUACCAAAUCGGAGAGGUUUUUAUUAGCCACUCCCAGGAUGAGACACAGGAGAUGCUAGAAGCAGCAAAGCAAAGUUUCCAAGAUGAGAUCCAUGCUUUGCAGACCCGUGUGGAGACAAUUCAACAGGUGUUAUCGGAUCUUAAAAUCCAACUCUAUGCAAAAUUCGGAAACAACAUUAACCUCGAAGCUGAUGACAACUGAACUGUUUGUUUAUUUUCACCUGUCACAUUUCACUUGAUUAAAUGAUUUAACUUUUGCAAAAAAAAAGUCAUCACUUUGUUCAUGAUUUUUGAAUGGAAUUUUAAGAUUUUUGACCUGCAGCUCCACUUAUUUGAUGAAAACGUUAUUUUAUACAUGCUUGAAUUCGUUAUUUAUUUGUUAUGGUGGAGCCACAUUCUGAUUUUUUGAAUUUUCUGUAAAAUAUUCAGCUUUUAAAUCUCUAAUUAGGUAAUCUUUUUAAGUUAAUGUUUAGCAUUCAAAUGAAUAAUGUGACUGUCCCAAUAUGAUACAACAAUAUCUAUUCGGAUUGACUUGCAUAAUCCACCUUCCCAAUAAAACAGUUAAACUUGCACAAAUAUGUUGGUUUUAACAUUGAUUAAAUUUAACCUUAUGCAUUAUAAUAAUGUAAUCAAAUUUAAAUUUUAUAUUUUAUACAAUUUUGGAAGUAGAGAUUUUCUUAUUAUUGGAAUCUCUGAAUAUUGCUAAAUAAUCAGCUAGCAUUUUGAGGGGCAGCAUAUAGAAGUGUGUGUGGGAUUGCACAACUAGUCAAAUUAAAAAUGUUGUUUGGUUUUCUUUCAUUUUACAAGGCUGUUACUCCAGGAUCCUUCAAAACUGACACUGGGUGUAUAAAUAAAUACUGCUUUCAUAGGUAACUACACUUUCAGGCCUUGUUAGCAAAAUUGAAACCCAGAGAUCAAAAAGGGAAGCGACAUUUUGCAUUUACACAAAACAAACUGCAUAGUGGUGAAUGGUUGUUUGUUUUUCACACUGGAAAUAUAUGCACAGUGAUGUCUCCUUGAGUUGCUGUUAGGAUUACUGUUCUUUCUGUUACAUAUUGAUGACUGCAUUUGGAUAUGUGAGGCAUGAUUUCAAAGGAUGCAAAUGAAACGAUGACGAUAGCAACAGACUUCAAGAGGAUUUAGACAAACUGAUUGCAUUAAAUGGCAUCUAAUUUCAAACAGAGAAACGAUCCAUCCUGGUAGGAAGAUUUUUAAUGUACAAAUUUUAAUGGUGUGCAGGAAUAUACAUAUCUUUGGAUGAAGUACACAUCUUCAAUGUACAGGUUGACGAGGCUGUUUUGUUUUCAAAAAGAGAAAAAUUAAUCAUUGGCUUUACUGAAGGCAUAAUCUACAAAAGCAAACAAAUUAUAGUAAACCUGUUUUAAACCUGGAUCAGAGAGUGAUCUACUUACAAUAAAAUUAAUGUAAUAAGUUAUUGACAACAUAUUUUAAUGUAGUCGGGACCUCAGCAGCUUACACUUCAAAAUUAACCAAUUGUUUGUAGCCACUUAUUCCUGAUAAACUCAGCAGCCAAUCUGCACGGAACAAGAUUUCUCAGAAAAAUGAGAUGAAUUCUAUGCGUAUCUUUUUUUUGUUGGUGUUAAAUAAGGGGUAAAUGUUGCAAUGGAUUUUGGGGAAAAUGCACCAGCAUCGCUUUGCUCAGUGCUUUGGAUCCUUUAAAUUCAUGAGAGAGUCAAUUAAUACCUCACCUUAAGAUUGCCUUAAGAUCUGCAUUGAAGAAAAUAAAAUGCUUGAAUUGGA